AUGCAUUCUAGGCUGUCAACAUGUCUUUUGGCAUUCCUACUGUCGUUUCCCUCUGUCGACGCCACGUUCCCUGACGAUAAACACUCCCUUCGAGCGCCCGACCCGUACGUCGAGUCCUACUACAACGUCAACGGUAGCACGCAUGCAGAGAAUCACAAGGUCCUCGCAAGUCGAGGCUACCGACCGCUGUCCCUGAGCUCAUAUGGACCUGCAAACGAGACCCUAUAUGCUGCCACAUGGGUACGUGAGAGAGGUUCUACAUACAAGAUGAUACAUGGAGUCAACCAAGAAGUAUUUGACGCUUGGGUAGAAGAAUGGAGAGGCAAAGGCUAUGUGUCUACUCAUGUCACUGCAACUGGAACCGCCGAUGAAGCGGUCUUUGCUGGUGUUAUGGAACAGCUCAAUAUCGUCAACUGGUCGCAGGCUUGUGGAAUUCACGACCUUCGAGAGUACAUGCACACAACUGAUCAAGACAAGAAAAUGGCUGUAAAGGGCUUCCGGAUGUACGGAGAAUGGAGAAACCGGCGAUACUGCGUCCUGCGACACGAGAAUAUUGGCAAUGAGCACAGAGCCUUCUUCUGGGAACCUACCCUCAACUUUCCGAAAGCGUAUGAUGCAAAGAUCGCAAAAAGAUACUGGCGUCCUGAGAAGCUAUUCUUGUCUGAUGACAAUAUCGUCUCGCCAAUAUUUACCGACACGAGCGUUGGGAAAUGGUCGAGCGGAGUACGUUUGAACUCAACGGACCUCGAAGUGAGAAUUGCGGCAGAGAAGGAGAGAGGCCUGUUCCCUGUCGACAUUCAAGGCGGAAAAUUCGACGAGGAGGAGGAGGAGGAAAAGUUCAACGUUGUGUUUACCCAACUCCUCGAGCCAAAACCUAGGCGCUGGCACGCUGUGGGAGACAUGACGGAGUUUAAUGACAAUGUUCGCGCCAGACAGGGAUUGGACUGGAUCAUGGGAACUUUCAUGAAGAAGAAUGGCGUUAGACAAGCGCAAGUAGCUAUAUCCUUGGAAGGAAAAGUCGUGGGCGAGCGGAGCUACACAUGGGCCGAAGAUGACCGCAGUAUUGUCAGGGCUGACGAUAUCUUCCUUAUGGCAAGCGUGAGCAAGAUGUUCUUGUAUGCAGCUAUCACAUGGUUGGUAGACCAUGGAAAACUGUCCUAUUCAACAAAGGUUUAUGAUCUCCUGGGCUACAAAUCGACUGCAGACGAUCGCGCAAAUAAGAUCACUGUUCAACAUCUGCUUGACCAUAAAGGAGGAUACGAUCGAAAGCAUGCUGGAGAUAUUGCAUUCCAGUUCGCCGAAGUCGCAUUGUCCCUACCAACAGGGGGAACAAAGCCUGCAACUGUACAGGAUGUAAUUGAGUACGUGCUUGACAGAAAGCUGGACUUUAUGCCAGGCGAACGCUCAGCCUAUUCCAACUACGGCACACUUCUUUUGGGUUAUGUAGUGAGCAAUGUUACGGAAAUGCCGUACAUGGAUUUCCUGAAAGAGAAUAUCUUUGGGGAUCUCGAUGUGAGACUCUACGAAACCGCUGCAAGCAAGCAUAAGGACGAUCGGAUCAUCCAGGAGAGUUCGCUCAUCGGACUUGAUCCAACAAGACCUCGUUCUCGACAUAUGGUCCCUGCGGUAAACGGAGGAGACGGCGCCAUUAAGGAAGAGUGCGCCGCUGCCUUUUCUCUCGCAGCGAGCGCCAGUACCCUCGCCAAGUUCGUGGGGAGUCACUCAGCCAUCGGAGUCGGCAAACGUGAUCAGACCUUUCGUCGAGGAACGAUGGAAGGCGCCCGCGCGCACGUACAGACCCGCGGACACAUUGACUGGGCCGUGGUCUUCAACACGCGAGAUUUCGUCAACGAUGAAGAGUUUAAAGAUCUGGUAGACCGACAGAUUCCAGAUUUCCUGGACACCUACCAAUUGCGAGGUUGGGGAGACUUCGAGACGUUGGCGUGCAACCAGGGAAUGCAUCCUUUGCUUGCAAAGUAUCCUGAUCGGUCGCCGGAAGGCAUAGGAAUAUUGCUUCCUUGUAUGUCUACCGAAAAACGGUAG